ACAAACUUGGAGUUCUCUGCUCAGUGCCACAAAGACUCCCCAGCCAGCCACCCAAACACAUUAAUAAUCACCAUCCCAUAUUAUUCAUACUUCUGUACAGAAUUUCUACAACCAUUCUACUUUGUUUUUCCUUCUCAUAUUUUUUUUGGGGAUUUUCCUAGCUCUAUGUUUCCCAAAGUUCAUGCAGGCAUGGAUAUGGAAAUGAACAGCAACAUGGAUUGUGGGAAAAGCAAAGGCAUCAUUGGAGAGAAGAGUAUGCGAAUUCUUGUUGACAAGAUGAAAAAAUACCCGGUUUCGAUUUGGAGGACCAUGUGGAAAGUGGGAAGAGAUGAUCCAAGAAGAGCGAUCCAUGCUGUGAAAGUUGGUCUGGCUUUGACACUGGUCUCAUUGUUGUAUCUGUUGCAGCCACUCUUCACUGGGAUUGGACAGAAUGCCAUUUGGGCUGUCAUGACUGUUGUUGUUGUGCUGGAGUUCACUGCAGGGGCAACUUUAUGCAAAGGACUCAACAGAGGAUUGGGGACACUGUUAGCUGGAUCUUUGGCAUUUUUCAUUGAGUAUAUUGCAACUGAAUCUGGUCACAUAUUUCGAGCAGUUUUCAUUGGAGCUGCAGUUUUCCUGAUAGGAGCUGCAGCAACAUACAUCAGGUUCAUUCCUUAUAUUAGGAAGAACUAUGAUUAUGGAGUUGUCAUAUUUCUCUUGACCUUCAAUCUGAUAACUGUGUCAAGCUACCGUGUUGACAAUGUCAUGAAAAUCGCUCAUGAUCGCUUCUUCACCAUCGCUAUAGGCUGUGGUGUCUGCCUCCUUAUGAGUCUUCUGGUAUUUCCAAAUUGGUCAGGAGAAGAGCUACAUAGUUCCACUGUCUUCAAGCUUGAAGGCCUAGCUAGAUCUAUUGAAGCUUGUGUGAAUGAGUACUUCAGUGAACAAGAUCAAAUAGAAGCAAACGAAGACAAAUCAACUAAGGAUCCGAUAUAUGAAGGUUAUAAGGCUGUUUUGGACUCAAAAUCUUUUGAUGAAACCAUGGCCUUACAUGCAAGUUGGGAACCAAGGCACUCAAGGCACUGUUACAGAUUUCCAUGGCAGCAAUAUGUCAAAUUGGGAAAUGUUCUUCGCCAUUUCGGGUACACUAUUGUAGCUCUACAUGGAUGUCUACGAACUGAAAUUCAGACCCCAAGAUCUGUUAGAGGUCUAUUCAAGGACCCCUGCAUUAGGCUUGCAGGAGAAGUAUCAAAAGGACUACAGGAACUGGCCAACAGCGUUAGGAAUCGUCGCCAUUGCUCCCCCGAAAUACUCUCUGAUCAUCUCCAUGAAGCCUUACAAGACCUCAACACCGCCAUAAAGUCACAACCGAGACUUUUCCUAGGCGCAAACAGCAACCAGGCUACCAACAUGCUUGCUUUAGCAGCUGCACACGCCACAUCCCAAAAGCACGCAAAGUACUCGUCAGGGGGAGGAGGAGUUUCUUUGUCAAGUGUGAAAACCGACAGCUCUGCAUUGAUGGAAUGGAAAUCCAAGAGGGAGUCUUCCGAGAGGAAGUUCCUGCGGCCACAGUUGAGCAAAAUCGCAAUAACUAGCCUCGAGUUCUCAGAAGCACUUCCUUUUGCUGCCUUUGCUGCUUUGCUGGUGGAGACAGUGGCAAAGCUUGACAAUGUGAUUGAGGAAGUUGAAGAACUGGGAAGGAUUGCAUGCUUCAAAGAGUAUGAACAUGGUGAUGAGAAUAUUGUUGUUACUAGUGACAAGCCACAAAUAAUUGAUGUAACUCAAAACCAAUUGCCUUCCCAUGGUGUUGAUUAAUAGCAAAAUAUUAGGCUGCAGGAGUAUCCUCAUAUUGGCAGUGGCUGGCUUAUUGUUGAAGUUAUGAAACUAUUACACACAUUUUAGGUGUCUUUAAUUUGUAGCAGAGUAUAUGUUUCAUUCAUACUAGAUGAUAAUUGAGACCAAAUGAUAGAAAUAAAGCUAUUUGUGAAAUGUUACAAAGGGAUUUUGCUUCUAGAAAAAAUUGUUAAUGUUGAAGGAAGUCGACAUCGUGUGUGCCUCUUCAAACUUGGGUUUUGUCAUUAAGUUGUAAUAGGAGAAGGUUCUAGAUUACCUAGUUAAUUCGGAUUCUAUUACCU